UGUGGGAACUGCUGGUUGGCUUGGCUCAGCUGUCAAUCACAAAGGAAGUUAGGGCGGUGAGGAGUUAGAGUGAAUAGUUUGGAAGUUUCUGUUGGAAACUUUACUCUGGACCAGCGGUGUUCUUUGUUCGGAUUUUAAACAAUGGAGAAAACCGAAAGAAACAAAGUUAUGGAAAGUUGGUGGAGUCGGUGGUUGUGGUUGAGUGAAUAGCAGGGAUUGCGUUACGAGUCGAGACCAGGUUAAUUUAUAUUUAGCUGACGGGAAAUCGGCUGUUUCAUGUUAGAUGGUGGUCCGCACUAUAAUGUCAAUCACUGUCGCAAUUUAAUGAAUGAUGGCAAAGUCUUUCGAAAUAUAUCGAUUUUAAACAUUUGACAACAAAGCCUAACGCUAUAUUCAAGUUAAAAAUACCAUUCUGCGGCUGGAAACAUGUCUUGAAUUUUUAGCCACCUUCCUGUGAAUGGACUAGGAUUUUUUUGGGAAUAUUUAAUACAUGUUUGCGAGCCUACAAUAUUCAUCAAUGGGCAGCUUAAGUAAAAAGCAGAAAUAAUUAACAUUUCAGAUCUUACUUAACCAACUAGAAUACUUAAGUUUGUGUUUUGGUUUUUGAGAUGUUGAAUAUACAUAGCAUUUAGGAAUUUGAAUUAGAUUUAGUUGUGUGCAUAUUAUCCAAAAAUGUCAGAGAGUCAGGAAAAUACCUUUGGACCAAGUUCAAGGAGCUGCAGGACAAAGUGUUCGAUUUGUAAAAACAUGUACACUGACCCAAGGGUCUUGCCUUGUCUUCAUACAUUCUGCCUGGAUUGUGUGAGUGGCUUAGAGCAGUUCUCCAUUGCCAGGACUCAGAGGGAGGAUGAGUCUUGGUCACUCAACUGCGCCGAGCCUGGGACCUGUAUCCUGUGUCCAGUCUGUGACUGUGAAGUGAAUGUACCUGCUGCUGGUCUGCGAGAACUGACCAGCAACCAUCUCAUUCAGAAUGAAGUUUUCCUGGAAGGUCUGAGGAGACCUGACUACCGGCUGGUCUGUGAUCUUUGUAACGAUGGGAAUGCUGAAACAAGGUGUCACAUCUGCUCAACAAAUCUCUGUGACUUCUGCUCUAAAGCACACAGGAGACAGAAGAUGACUGCUUCUCACAAUACAGUGGCACUAACAGACCUACAAGGUGGAAAUGAGAGAGUCAGUAAGUCCAUUAUGUGCUCUGCUCAUCCUGCAGAGGAGCUGAGGCUGUUUUGUGAGACAUGUGAUCGUUUGGUAUGCAGGGAUUGUUGUGUGGUGGAUCACCGUGAUCAUAACUGUGAUUUUGUCAUGAGUGUCAUUAACAAACAUGGCGGCUUCAUCAGGCAACUUCUGAAGCAAACACAACCGCAUAUUUCUGGAUUGCAGGAGACUUUGCAAAGGAUUGCAGAUACAAGGCAGCUGGUGCAAAAGCGACUGAGAACUGUGACUGAAGAAAUUAAUCAGUUUACAGAGGAUUAUAUCAGGGCAUUGGAGAAACAUCGGAGCAGGCUUUUGAAAGAACUGGAAGAGCUGAGGAUCCAGAAGGAGAACUCCCUGAAUCUUCAGCAGAUCCAGUUACAACAGAUCCUGGCAGAUAUGAAGACUGGAGUGGAUUUCACUGAGCACUUGCUCACCAGUGGCUCUCCUGUGGAAAUCCUUCUGACCAAACCUGUGGUGGUCAACCGUUUGAAGCUGCUGAAUAAGACAAGUUACAGCACUCACCCCAGAGAGGAUGAUGGAGUACAAUUCCAGCAACAGGAGAAAGCAGGACAGUGCGACGGAUUUGAGGUAUUCGGAAUCAUUGUCACAAAGACACUUGAUCCCAGUAAGUGUCUCCUUCAGGGUGAAGGCCUCCAUGUGGCUCGGCAAGACCAGCCAAGUGUAUUCGUACUGGUCUGUAAUGACCAAACUGGGCAGCAGAUGGGGCGAGGAGGUGAAUCCAUUCAGGUUGCCAUCUACAGCAAGAAAAAUAAAGAAUGCAGUCUCAAGACAAUACUGCACGACAAUCAUGAUGGAACUUAUCGAUUUAUGUACACUCCUCGAGUAUCAGGCUUGUAUGAGGGAUAUGUCUGUGUGAAGGGACAGCAUGUACAGGGAUCUCCAUUCACUGUAACAGUCACAAGUAAACUCCGUAAGCACACUGGUAUAUUUCAUUGCUGCACGUUCUGUUCUAGUGGUGGACAAAAGGAUAUCCGUUGUGGUUGCAGAGGCACAAUGCCUGGUGGGUACCAAGGCUGUGGACAUGGGCACAAAGGACACCCGGGCCAGCCACACUGGUCCUGUUGUGGAAAGUUGACUGAACAUUCAGAAUGCCCUGGAACAAUAAAUAGCAACUCUCACCAGAGCCUGGUUAGAACUGUUGCUUUGUAAAACAAAACCAAGACAUGAAAACCACAAACCUAACGUUGAUCUUUUAAAAUUUUGCAUUAAAGUAAUGACUGUUCAGCCAAUCUAGAAAACUUUGUGAUCUUCAGGUAUGCUCAAAGAUUAGCCAGUUUAAUGCCUGCUAUAGUUUUUCGUGUAAGAUGAGAACGGAGAUAGAAAAUUAGCUAUUGUUAAUUACUUUUGGGGUCUUUUCAAAAGGACUAAUUUAUCCGUAAUAAUUCCAAGAGAAGUAACUUAAACAUUCACUGAACCGAGCCUUUUCAAAUAAAAAGAUCUGCAAUUUAGGAAUAACCAAGAAAUUACUGUAAUUUUGUUGCAGAUUUCACAAAUGAAUACUCUACAGCAUAGAGUGUAAUAAAGGAUCUAGUUAUUUUUAAUGAAUUACCUUGUACUAGAAGUAAUGCAUUAUUAUGUUAUAAUACACAGAAAUCAUUUCAAAAUAUUAGAGAUGUAAUCAAAAUACCACGGCCUGAGCAACAUUAAUGGAAACUGCCAUAUGGGAUACUGUGAUAUACUUUGAAUUGAAUCCAUUGUUUGUCAUCAAUCUGGUUCAUUCAGACUUUUUUUUGACUAAAUGGUACAUGUUUUGGAAGUAAAGAUCUGUGUAAGGAGACAUUGCAUGCGCUAUUUGUAGAAAUGUAGCCAAUUAAAUAACACGGUAAUUUUGUAUGUGCAUUGAGUUUAGUUUUGUCCAAAGUAUACACAUGUUGCAUGCAUACUCUAUAUUAACAUGGAUUCAUACUGAAUGGAAGUUUAGCUCAUACUCAAAGCAAAGAUUAACUUUAGUGAUCUCAAUACUCUAAUUAUAAUUAAAAUUAAAUCAAUUUUAUAAAUUUCAAAUAAUAUCAACCAUAUAAUGUACAUUUUAACACCAUUUUUGUGCCAAUUUGAAAUACUCAAAGUUUAUUUCAACCAUUGUAUUACAAACAGUGUAUUUUAGGUUGGGGUUCGCAGCUACAGUGUCCAGAAAGCAAUUGAGGCACUUAAAUAACCUCUCAAGGCCUCAUAAAAUCAUUAUUGAUAUUCAGCUAGCAGUGAGUGGAGGAACUUGCCAUAAGUGCAUGUAGAGGGAACCAGCAUCAGGAAGCAAAGAGAGGGGUCUGUGGUGGUAUGAAGCUCUCCCUUCUCUCAACUAACUGUAAUACCAGCAGUAGCUGCCACUAUUGGUGGCAUUGCCAUUACUGCUACCAAUAUUGCGAGCUGCUGGCCUCUGGCUGACAACCCUUGGGCAAAGUGGGGAGUGGGGUGAGGGAGGAUACCCAAGAUGUGGUAGUGCAGCAACUAAAUGAUGCUGGGAGAUGUACAGGUUCUCAAAAAAGGAUACUGGCUGUCGAAUAGAAACUUCAUCAUGAUUGCUAGAGAUGGGCAAGUGUGGGUGAUGGACGACCCAGAUGAAAUUCCAUCAGUAGUGUGUGAGAUGUUACUUUAUUGUCUACCUUUUAUACUCACCACUUAGAUUAACACAACAUGCUACUUAUGGUAGCCUUUAUAUUGGCUCUGCUUAAUCUACACAGCGUUUUGAUCAUUCAAACUUAUGGACCAAUACAAAAAAACUGGAACCUGAAGCAAUUUGAUGUGCCACGUUGAAGUGCUGGAUUUUUUUUAAUCCAUCAGGAUUUUCUUUAUUUACUUUAUUGUGAUUUAGUUUUUUUUAAACUUGUACAUCAGACUUUUAAAAGCUUGAAUUUUAAUUUAUAU